AAUGAUGAACUAUACACCACCACCACAAGAACUACCACCAACGACGACAACAACAACAUUCCAUACACACACUAUAAUCCCAACAAGAACAGCAACUACUACAACAACAACUACGAGACCAACCAAAACAGGAUGAAUGACAAAAGGCUACAACACUCCACCACCACCCCAACCACCCAAAACAGCAACAGCUACUACAACGUUGAGAGGCAAGGCAUGAGCGACACAAGGUUCUUGGAGAAUGGUAAGUACUACUACGACCCCAACAGCGAGAACAACUACAAUCAGAACCAGUACAAGAACUCGUUUGCAACCUGCACCAAAUUCUCCACCCUCAUUCGCAACGUCUGCUGGACAACCAAGGGUCGCAACGUCUUCCUCUCCGAUCUCGUCUCCGCCGCCAUCCCCGACGGCUGGUGA